AGCCAAUUUGGGUGACUUCUAGAGUGUAAUGGUGCUUGGAAAAAUGAGGAAGCUUGUUAAGAUUUCAGUUUUUGGCAGAUGGGUUUUCAGGUCGACAGACUCUGAGUGAAAAUAACCUGCAAAGAGAGGCAAAAAAAUGUAAGCAUUUAUCAGACAGCUGGUCUCUGACGCAAGACACUGAAAUGAACAUUAAAAAUUACAGAGCGAUACCACUGCGGUCAUGCUGACUGACAUCCAGCCUGUGUGUUACUGACACGCUGGGCUUCAUGUUCACACUGCAGGCUUUUAUUCCAAACUCAACAAAAGAAGCAGACAAAGAUGAAACACAUGCUUCACCCAGGCGGACAUUUAUGAUUUUAGAAAUCUUUUUUGGUCCCAGUAUUUACAGCUGUGAGAUAAUUCAUGUCACUUUGGUAUUUUAUAGUUUUUUGUCAGCAGCAGUGAAAAUGGAGUCAUUGUGAUAACGUGACCGUCUCGAGGCAGGGUCAGGUAGCUUCGAACGGUGGUGAAUAAAUGUGGGGUAAAAGAUUUGAGUUUAUCUGGACAGAAAUGACUUGUUGUGUUAAAGUCCACUGUGGAGAGAAAGCUCAGCUGUGUUGCUUCACCGACUCUGUGGAAAAAGGGUUUGAUCUGCAGCCCAUGUCGGUCCGCUGGCUCCAACGAGCCAUCUCAUUGGGUUUAAUAAGGCACAGCGUGUUAACGAGUGACGCCAAACCUCUUACUUCUAAUAACCACUCGUUCCAUGUUUGCUUCCCAAACAGAGGAAUGCAAAUGUGCUUUCUGUCAGCAUCAGAGAGCAAUUCAUUCUUUUCAUUUCAGGGCUUUUUGUUGUUAAAAUACCUGCACAUCAGUUUAGGAUAGCAGCUCAUGAACUGAGCGCGUCUCAAAACCUGAUUCUCAUUCUUUUACACCACAGAGCUCAAUUUUGUCCAAAAACUACUGGAAACACCCCCGUAUCGCACCGUGACGUGUUCCUUCAUGACCACAAACACAUACACUAGUUUCUCUUAAGCCACAUCCUGCUGCUGCAAAUAUGGAGACACAAAUGGGGAUUAAUGCUCUGCAGGAAAUGCAGUUUAUCUUCUAUUUAAGAAAAAUUAAAGAGUAAAGACUGCAGUGACCACAUGUAUACACAAAUAACUAAAAGAAAAUAAAGCUGAAGGUGAAAGAUGUUUCCACCUGUAGCUGAUGGCCCAUGUGACAUGUUUGCUACCUGUUUCAUCUACAGGAGCAGAACACCUGUAUGCUUUCCUCUCCUCUCAAAUAAUAAUAAUAACAAUAAUAAUAACAACAACAAAAGCAUUGGCCUACAAAUACUUAAAGGCAGAUAAAGCAGAAUAACAUGUCAGGUUUUUACAAGAAACAAACAAAUAUUUAUACUGUAAGCAAUUUUUAGCAAUGCAUAGCUAAGGUUAGGUUGUGCAAAAGUAAUUUUGAGUACUGUGUUAAUUUUUGAUCAUUUUGUGGGAAAAUCCAAUAUUUGUCCAUCUUACUUUGUAGGCAGACUGUAGCGUUUGUCGUGGGCUGAAUGAUAAAGUUUUACCAAACACAGUAACAUGCUAAAAAACCCUCAGUAAUUCAAAUUAAACAAAAACAGUCAGUUUAACUGAAGAAUCAGAAGAACUUUUUAAAGAUGUGAAGUGAGCUCGUGCUGUGAAAUCAGCUGAAACACACAAAAAGUGUUCAUCUGUUUAACUUUAAAAAAAAAAAAAGAAGUGAAACUUUUUGCAACAAGACCAGAAAAAGCCAAACUUGCAGAUGUGCAGGAGUUCGGUGUGGCGUGUACGUGUCAUCUGCACGGGCGCGUCACAGCGGUGGGAGGGUUUGAUCUGCGGCCUGUGUCCGCUCUCUGGCUGCAAUGAGCCAUUUCAUUGGCUUUAAUAAAGCGGAGCGUGCCAGCAACUGUCAGCUAAGGCGUGAAGCCAAACCUCCCCACGUGCUCCAGAUUGGAGAAUAAAAGGAAAAUGAGCCAGGGGCCCCAGACAGCGAGGGCCCCCCACCCCCGGCCAUAAGGAGUCCAUUAUGCUCCCGUGUGUCACGCAGCUAUUUUUGUGCCAUCUCGGUGGCACGCUGUGGCGUUUGCAAAGGCCCGGCCCGGCAGAGCGCUGGCACACGGCGGCCAGGACACGCUGCUAAAUCCCAUUAGAGUCUGUCCAGAGGAUAUGAGGCUGCCAGCGGCUGUCAGUCAUCGUCAGGCUUUAACCUCCGGGAUCACAACACUUUUAAUUAACCUUAAAACAAGUUCCAGUGACGAGCUUUAAUACAUCAGACAAAUGUCUCAGCAGCCUGCAGAGGGAAACUCAAGGACGCUACAGCCGUGAAACGCUGAGCAUUUUAAUCAAGUGUGCGACGCUAACAUCAUCCCCCAACCAUUUAGGAAAAAUACUAUUAAACCAAGAAAAUGUCUUCACCUACGUGCUCUAUGUGGUAUUUAUUCAUGUAACUGUUGCAUGAAUAAUUAAUGCUCAGCCCAAAGUCGGACAGGAUUACAAGGCUGGGCCGAAAACCAAAGGCGGCUUCUUCCUUAGUCCUUCGAUGGCUGGAGAUCUGAAUCUAUAUUUACACGUUUAGUUGCAAAGUGCUUCACAAGAGGAACAAAAUAAGAAUUUAUUUAACUGCAGUCAAAAUGAUUUCUCCAGUGAAAGUGUGGUUUAAGGCGCAGCCUCAGGACCCCAGCUGGAAACAGAAAUGUUGUUCCAGGGACCCGGAGGCGAUGCGAGGUCAGAGAUGUAGUAAUCAUCAUGUCCUCUCCUCCACCUGUCCAGGCGACUUGUCCACCUGUAGAGAGGCAGGGAGACAUUUUUGUCCUUUGCUGAAACAGAAAAGAGGCCUAACUUCAUAUCAGACCAAACGACUGUGCUCAUCACUGCCGUUCCUUCAGUCUGGAAGCUUUAGCUGGUUCUGGAGGUGUUUCUAAAGAUGAUCCAAACAUUAUUUGUUUCACAGCUGCUUAAAAUUUAAUUUGUUAUCAAACCAGAGUUCUCUGCUGCAAGCUUAAAUGUCCCAACACAGGCGUGGAGGGAGAAUCUGUUUAGCCUGGACACAAAAAGAAGGAUUGAAGUUUUCUCCCAGCUGAACCUCAGAGUUAAUAACCUGCGUCUCUUUUACAAAGUUCACAUUUAAAAUUUGAUUUUCUGAAACACAAAACCUUCAGAGGAGGAUGAUUAAAAAAAUCCAUAAACAACAAGAAAGAAAUUGGAGAAUUUCCUUCACCUUUGAAUACUGAAUGAAUGAUGCUCCCUCCUGUGUGGACCACAGUGCGCCCUCUGGCAGGCCAGUUCUGGUCCCAAACCACAUGUAGCUUUUUUUAUUUUUUACUUUUCGGUUUUAUUUUAAUUUUACUCUGUUUCUCUUCUUCAUUCAAACAUUAUUACUCUGCAAUCUAUUCAUCUGCUGUUUGUUUUACAAAUGAUCCCUUUUCACUGAUCUUCAUCAAAUUAUUAACUCAAAUGAAAUUUUUUAAAAUGUGUUUGCAUUAAAUUGAUCGGGCAGCUUCACAGCAUGAAUGAUUGUUCCAACUGUUCCGUGUUGGGAUAAAUGUUUCUGUGUGAAAAAGAAACAAAUCAUGCAGAUUUCUGAUGACAGAACAGAGAAAUAUUUCAUUCACUAACAUCUGUGUGGUGAUGGAAGCAGUGCACAGUACCAGCUGUACUCAGACUAACAUACAAAUACCCUUGUUUCCCUUCUUUUUUAAAUCUGAGUGCUAAAAUGUUUCUCCACAGUUGAGGUUCACUUCAGUGACGUCACUGCGGUCUUCAAUGAUCUAUUGCAUGACACAAGUUUGCUUUCAGUUUGAAACUCUUAUUAUAAACUUUUUAUGAUUGAAAAACUUUACGUGCAGAAACUGUACGUGAAGUUUGCGUGAGUGAAACUUCACACCGUGGCUGCUGGCGCUCUCCGUCCUCUUCGGCCCUUAGAGGCGCACUGAGACGCUUCUAAUCCUCUUUUGAUGAACUCGGUUAAUCGACUUCCAGCUGCGCAUCUGGCAAAGUUCACUGAGCAGCACACGACCCUGUCCACGCCCCCGAAGCACGCAAGGCCCCCCACUCCAUAAAUUCUCCCAUCAAUGCCGAGAAACGUGAAGGGUCCCGGUGAGGCUCAGCGGCUGUGGCCGUUUGGUGAAGGAGGAGAAGGAAAUAAGAGGAGAGGAGGAAGAAGGAGAGGAAGAAGCAGACAGUAGGACAAAGACACAGAGUAGAGGAGAAAGGGGAGAGCGGAGGAGGAGCAGAGAUGCCUCCACGUAAAAGCCUCUUCGCUCCCUUCGUGUCCGUGGACUCUGAGUGCGGUCCCGGUCCCGCGGUCUCGGCGCUCCACGCGGAUCUCCACGCGCUGCUGCAGCGGAGCCUCGCACAGGACCAUUCCGGGGACUACCGGGACCCCCCGCGCGCCAUCGUGGAGCUCCGGCUCGGUGCCGCCGGGGGCGCGCUGCACUACCUGCCGCCGGACACGAGCGCUCUGGAGCGCGCGCAGAGACGCCGGCGCCUCGCGGCCAAUGCUCGCGAGCGGCGCAGGAUGCUGGGACUGAACGUGGCCUUUGACCGGCUCCGCAGCGUUAUUCCCAACACGGACAGCGACCGGAAGCUGUCCAAGUCCGAGACCCUGCAGAUGGCGCAGAUCUACAUCUCCACCCUCAGCGAGCUGCUGCAGCAGGGCGCGGGCGGAGCACCCAGCCCGGGCACCGACAAAGCGCCGGCGGCCGGGGACCCGCCUCGGCCCGAGAGCCACUUCCACACGGCCAAGAGCAGCGGCGGAGGCCCGGGGUGCCCCGAGGAGGACGUGCAGGGGGGACGUGAAUAUCUGUGAUUCUGUCUUCGGCAGCGUCAGACUUUAAAGGACCAAAACGUGUUUCAUGUGUUCGAGGACUCAAACACCGAGGACGACAGAAAGAAAAACUCUGUGCCAGAGUUACUCAAAGUAUCAAUUUUUAUUAUUUUAAAAUUAUGUACAGGUAACCAAAGACAUCGGUCUGCAAAUUGGUACAAAGAUCAAGUUUUCCUGCAGGCGGCUCGUUAAGAAGCUUUCUGUCCGUCCAAAAACAACAACACAGCUGGGAGAAAAAGGCUUAGAAAAAAGAAAAAAUAGAAUCGGAUUCAGAAAAGUAGAGUCUACGGUCUAAAUUUAAAUUUAACCCCGGCCCACCCGUGACCCUCCCCAAACUGCCCCCUCCACCCCAAACUCCCUCCAUCAUUCCCCUCCUACAUGAGGAGGUCCAAUCUAUUUACAGGAAACUAUGUACAAAAAGCUCUUCCAUUCAUUCUUCCAGACGUCUGUGAAUAAAGCUCUUGUAAACUUUUCAUAAAGGAGUGUGAAGUUUUAAGGUGUGUGUGUAUGUGUGUGUGUGUGUGCGCGCUGAUGUCCACAGACAAACAAAUACAAAACCACAUGAACAAUGACACAAUCUUUAACAGGUCAAUUCAAUGUCAUUUUUUUCCAGCUCUAAAGAUGAAACAGCAGCAGGAGCUCACGGUGCUGAUGACAAAACGCCAGAGCAAAAAGGAACAGAUGAUUUUAAGUGAAAACCUUAAAUGUUAGCUUGCUCAGACGAUGCUCUCUCUCUCUUAAUCUGGACUUUUAAAAAAUCUGUUUUACAGAAAAGAAAUUCAAAGGCGAA